AGUCACAGCCAUCAAGUGAAAAAAGUCGUAUCAAAAUAAAAUAAAAUUUAUUAUUUUAAGUUCAAAACUGAAACAGAGCAUUUAAAAAGAGUUUAAUAAUAUAAAAAGUAAUUUUUCAAGCUUCAAAUUCAGAAAAAAAAUUGAAUUGGACUAAAAGGAAACAUGGAUCAGUUUACACCAAAAGAGGUUCGCAUCCUUGAAAGUGCGGAAGACAUUCAAGAACGUCGUGAACAAGUUUUAAAUCGCUAUGGCGAAUUUAAAUUGGAAACGCGUCUGAAGAGAGAAAAACUGGAAGAUUCAAGACGUUUCCAAUACUUUAAGCGUGACUCUGAUGAAUUGGAAAGUUGGAUUCAUGAGAAAUUGCAAGCAGCAAGUGAAGAAAGUUAUCGUGAUCCAACAAACUUACAAGCAAAAAUCCAAAAGCAUCAAGCAUUCGAAGCCGAAGUUGCUGCUCAUUCGAAUGCAAUCGUUUCACUUGACAACACUGGACAAGAAAUGAUAAAUCAAAGUCAUUUCGCAUCAGACGUCAUCCAACGUCGUCUCGACGAGCUUCAUCGUUUGUGGGAACUUUUGUUGUCACGUUUAGCCGAGAAAGGCAUGAAAUUGCAACAAGCACUCGUCUUGGUUCAAUAUUUGCGUCAUUGCGAAGAAGUCAUGUUCUGGAUUAAAGACAAAGAAGCUUUCGUAACAGCUGAUGAGUUCGGACAUGAUCUUGAACAUGUCGAAGUCUUGCAACGUAAAUUCGACGAGUUCCAGAAGGACAUGGCGUCACAAGAAUAUCGUGUGAUUGAAGUCAACGAUUUAGCUGACAAGUUGAUCCAAGAUGGACAUCCCGAACGUGACACAAUCAUGAGAAAAAAAGACGAGUUGAAUGAAGCUUGGCAACGUCUCAAACAAUUGGCAAUCUUACGUCAAGAAAAGCUCUUCGGAGCACAUGAAAUUCAACGAUUCAAUCGCGAUGCUGACGAAACUGUCGCAUGGAUUGCUGAAAAAGACGUCGUCUUAUCAUCUGACGAUUAUGGACGUGACUUAGCCAGCGUUCAAGCAUUACAACGUAAACAUGAAGGUGUCGAACGUGACUUGGCAGCUUUGGAAGAUAAAGUCGCAACACUCGGCACUGAAGCUGGUCGCUUAUGCAGCAUUCAUGCUGAUCACAGCCAACAGAUUCGUGACAAGCAAUCAGAAAUCGCUGCUUAUUGGCAAUCACUCACAGCCAAAGCAAAAGAACGCAAACAGAAGUUGGACGAAUCUUAUUUCUUGCAUCGUUUCCUCGCUGAUUUCCGUGACUUAAUUUCAUGGAUUAAUGGAAUGAAAGCAAUCAUUUCAGCUGAUGAAUUAGCGAAGGAUGUUGCAGGCGCUGAAAGUCUUUUGGAACGACAUCAAGAACAUAAAGGCGAGAUUGAUGCACGUGAAGAUUCCUUCAUUGCGUCGACAGCUGCAGGUCGUCAACUUCUUGAACGUGAACAUUACGCAGCUGCUGAAAUUCAAGAGAAACUUGCAGCUUUGGAGAAUGACAAAUCAUCGUUGUUGGCAUUGUGGGAAGAUCGAAGAAUUCUCUACGAGCAAUGCAUGGAUUUGCAAUUGUUUUAUCGUGACACUGAACAAGCUGACACAUGGAUGGCUAAACAAGAAGCCUUUUUGGCAAAUGAAGACAAAGGCGACUCACUUGACUCUGUUGAAGCUCUCAUUAAGAAGCAUGAAGAUUUUGAGAAGAGUUUGGCAGCACAAGAGGAAAAGAUCAAAGCUUUGGACAUUUUCGCAACAAAGUUGAUUGAUGGGCAACAUUAUGCAGCUGAUGACAUUGCACAACGUCGUUCAAUGUUGUUGGCAAGACGAUCAGCGUUGUUGGAGAAAUCUGACGCUCGUCGCAUUCUUUUGGAAGAUUCAAAUCGUUUACAACAAUUCGAACGUGAUUGUGAUGAAACGAAAGGAUGGAUAAGCGAGAAAUUGAAGUUUGCAACUGAUGAUAGCUACUUGGAUCCAACAAACUUAAAUGGAAAAGUUCAGAAACAUCAGAACUUUGAACAAGAAUUGACAGCAAACAAAAGUCGCAUUGAAGACAUCACAACAAACGGACAGCAUUUGAUUGAACGCAAACAUUACGCAGCUGAUCAAAUCAACUCACGAAUGCAAGAAAUUGUUUCGUUGUGGGAAUCUUUGGUGCAAGCAUCGGACAAGAAAGGAUGCAAAUUGCAAGAAGCUUCGCAACAACAGCAAUUCAAUCGAACAGUCGAAGACGUUGAAUUGUGGUUGAGUGAAAUUGAAGGGCAAUUGUUGUCGGAAGAUUAUGGAAAAGAUUUGACGAGUGUUCAGAAUCUUCAGAAGAAACACGCUUUGCUUGAAGGUGAUGUAAUGUCGCAUCAAGAUCGCAUUGAAGGAAUCAAAGUUGCAGCCAAUAAGUUCGUUGAAGGUGGACACUUUGAUGCUGAUAACAUUCGUAACAAGGAAAUUAUUCUGUCAAAACGUUACUCAGCAUUAGCAGCACCCAUGGGCGAUCGCAAGAAGCGAAUGUACGACUCACUUGACGUUCAGCAAUUAUUCCGUGACUUGGAAGAUGAAGCUGCAUGGAUUCGUGAGAAGGAACCAGUUGCAGCAUCGACAAAUCGUGGACGUGACUUGAUUGGCGUUCAAAAUCUCAUCAAGAAACAUCAAGCAGUGUUGGCUGAGAUUCACAAUCAUGAAAAUCGCAUUUCAGGUGUCAUUGAAGGUGGUGAAGCAAUGUUGAAGCAACAACCACAUUCAAUUGAUGAGAUUAAGAGUCGCUUGGACUCAUUGAAGGAUCAAUGGCACAACUUGAAGGACAAAUCAGCACAACGCAAGCAAGAUUUGGACGAUUCAUUGCAAGCUCAUCAAUACUUUGCUGAUGCAAAUGAAGCUGAAAGUUGGAUGCGUGAGAAAGUUCCAAUCGUCUCGAACACAGAUUAUGGAAAGGAUGAAGAUUCAUCUGAAGCUUUGUUGAAGAAACACGAAGCUUUGGUGUCAGAUUUGGAAGCGUUUGGAAACACAAUUCAAGCAUUGCAAGAGCAGUCGAAGAAUUGCCGUCAACAGGAAACACCAGUUGUUGACAUCACAGGAAAGGAAUGCGUCGUUGCACUUUAUGACUACACCGAGAAGUCGCCACGUGAAGUUUCAAUGAAGAAAAAUGACGUUUUGACAUUGUUGAACUCAAACAACAAAGAUUGGUGGAAAGUUGAAGUGAAUGAUCGUCAAGGAUUCGUUCCAGCUGCUUACAUUAAGAAAGUUGAAGCUGGUUUGAGUGCAAGUCAACAGAAUCUCGUUGAUGGACAUUCAAUUGCCAAACGUCAAUCACAAAUCAACAAUCAAUAUGACAAUUUACUCGCCAUGGCACGUGAACGUCAAAACAAGUUGAAUGAAACCGUCAAAGCUUACGUUCUUGUUCGUGAAGCUGCAGAUUUGGCUUCUUGGAUUCGCGACAAAGAAAAUCACGCACAAAUCAAAGACGUUGGUGAAGAUUUGGAAGAAGUUGAAGUCAUGCAAAAGAAAUUCGACGACUUCAAUGAUGAUUUGAAAGCAAAUGAAGUUCGUUUAGCGAAGUUGAAUGAAAUUGCUGUUCAAUUGACAUCUUUGGGACAAACUGAAGCUGCUUUGAAGAUAAAGACACAAAUUCAGACUUUGAAUGAAGAUUGGCAACAAUUGCAACACAUCACAGCUGAACGUGCAAACCAACUUGGAUCAGCACAUGAAGUUCAACGUUUCCAUCGCGAUGUUGAUGAAACGAAAGAUUGGAUUUCGGAGAAAGACGACGCAUUGGCUAAUGACGAUCUUGGCAAAGAUUUGCGUGGUGUUCAAACCCUUCAACGUAAGCACGAAGGAAUGGAACGAGAUUUGGCAGCACUUCGCGACAAAAUUCGUCAGUUGGAUGAAACAGCAAAUCGUUUGAUGCAUUCACAUCCCGACACUGCUGAACAAACUUAUGCGAAGCAGAAGGAAAUCAACGAAGAAUGGCAACAAAUCAUCACGAAAGCAAACUUGAGAAAGGAAAAACUUUUGGAUUCUUAUGACUUGCAACGAUUCUUAAGCGAUUAUCGUGACUUAAUGGCUUGGAUCAACUCCAUGAUGAGUUUGGUGUCAAGUGAAGAACUCGCCAACGAUGUCACUGGCGCUGAAGCUCUCAUUGAACGUCAUCAGGAACAUCGAACUGAAGUUGAUGCUCGUGCUGGAACAUUCAGUGCAUUUGAACAAUUCGGCUCGGAAUUGUUGCAAGCUAAGCAUUAUGCAUCGCCUGAAAUUCAAGAGAAGAUCGAAUCGUUGGCUAAAGCUCGUGAAGAUUUGGAACAUGCUUGGACCGAUCGUCGCUUGCAAUUGGACCAGAAUUUGGAUCUUCAACUUUAUUUGCGUGAUUGUGAGCAAGCUGAGAAUUGGAUGUCAGCUCGCGAAUCUUUCUUGAAUGCUGAAGAAGUUGAUUCAAAGGGUGACAAUGUUGAAGUGUUGAUUAAGAAGCACGAAGACUUCGACAAAGCCAUCAAUGGACAUGAAGAGAAAAUUGCCGCACUUCAAGUUCUCGCUGAUCAAUUAAUCGCUCAAAACCAUUAUGCAGCGAAGUUAAUUGAUGACAAGCGUAAGCAAGUUUUGGAGCGUUGGCGUCAUUUGAAAGAAGAUCUCAUCGAGAAACGAUCACGUUUGGGUGAUGAACAAACUCUGCAACAAUUUUCACGCGAUGCUGAUGAGAUUGAAAAUUGGAUUGCUGAAAAGUUGCAAUUGGCAACUGAAGAAAGUUAUAAAGAUCCAGCAAAUAUUCAAUCGAAACAUCAAAAGCAUCAAGCAUUUGAAGCUGAAUUGGCAGCCAACGCUGAUCGUAUUCAAAGUGUUUUAGCGAUGGGUGGAAAUUUGAUCGAGAAGAAUCAAUGCAGUGGAUCAGAAGAAGCUGUUCAGAAGCGUUUAACACAAAUCGCUGACCAAUGGGAAUAUUUGACACAAAAGACAACUGAAAAGUCUUUGAAAUUGAAGGAAGCAAAUAAGCAACGAACUUACAUUGCUGCAGUUAAAGAUCUUGACUUUUGGCUUGGUGAAGUUGAAAGUUUGUUAACAUCAGAAGAUGCAGGAAAAGAUCUCGCAUCAGUUCAGAACUUGAUGAAGAAGCAUCAAUUAGUUGAAGCUGACAUUCAUGCCCAUGAAGAUCGCAUUAAGGACAUGAACAAUCAAGCUGAUUCUCUCGUUGAAAGUGGACAAUUUGACAGUGCUGGCAUUCAAGAGAAACGUCAAUCGAUUAAUGAACGUUAUGAAAGAAUUUGCAAUUUGGCUGCACAUCGUCAAGCACGUUUGAAUGAAGCAAACACUUUACAUCAAUUCUUCCGUGACAUUGCCGAUGAAGAGAGCUGGACAAAAGAGAAAAAACUUUUGGUUGGAUCGGACGAUUAUGGUCGUGAUUUGACAGGAGUUCAAAAUUUGAAGAAGAAACAUAAGCGAUUGGAAGCUGAACUUGCAUCUCAUGAACCAGCAAUUCAAGCUGUUCAAGAAGCUGGUGAGAAAUUAAUGGACGUUUCAAAUCUUGGUGUGCCCGAAAUUGAACAACGUUUGAAAGCUUUGAAUCAAGCUUGGGCUGAGUUGAAGAAUUUGGCAGCAACAAGAGGUCAGAAGUUGGAUGAAUCUUUGAUUUAUCAGCAGUUCUUGGCGAAGGUUGAAGAAGAAGAAGCCUGGAUCACCGAAAAACAACAGCUUUUGUCUGUUGAAGAUUACGGUGACUCCAUGGCUGCUGUCCAGGGACUGUUGAAGAAACAUGAUGCAUUUGAAACUGACUUCGCUGCACAUCAUGACCGUUGUUCGGAUAUUUGUGAGCAAGGAGCAUCUUUAGUCGCUAACAAGAAUCAUCACGGUGACAGCAUCUCUCAACGAUGUGCACAAUUGCAAAAGAAACUCGACAACUUGUCAGCUUUGGCAACACGCCGAAAGAAUGCUUUGUUGGAUAACUCGGCCUACUUGCAGUUCAUGUGGAAAGCUGACGUCGUUGAAAGCUGGAUUGCUGAUAAAGAAAAUCAUGUCAAAUCAGAAGAGUUCGGACGCGACUUGUCAACUGUUCAAACACUUUUGACAAAACAAGAAACAUUUGAUGCUGGUUUGACUGCAUUUGAACAUGAAGGGAUUCAAAACAUCACAACUUUGAAGGAUCAACUCAUCAGUGCUAAUCAUGCACAAUCAGCUUCUAUUAAUAAGCGUCAUGAAGAUGUUUUAGCUCGCUGGCAAAAACUUCGCGGUGCAUCUGAAGAACGCAAAUUCCGUUUGCUCGCAAUGCAAGAUCAAUUCCGUCAGAUCGAAGAUUUGUAUUUGACAUUUGCUAAGAAAGCUUCAGCUUUCAACUCUUGGUUUGAGAAUGCCGAGGAAGAUUUAACUGAUCCAGUUCGUUGCAACUCAAUUGAAGAAAUCAAAGCAUUGCGUGAAGCUCAUGCACAGUUCCAGGCAAGUCUCUCAUCAGCCCAAGCUGACUUCCAAGCUCUUGCUGCACUUGAUCAAAAGAUAAAGAGCUUCAACGUUGGUCCAAAUCCAUACACUUGGUUCACAAUGGAAGCGCUUGAAGACACUUGGAAGAACUUGCAAAAGAUUAUCGAUGAACGUGACGGUGAAUUGGCAAAGGAAGCUUAUCGUCAAGAAGAGAACGAUAAGUUGCGUAAAGAGUUUGCCAAGCAUGCAAACUUAUUCCAUCAGUGGUUGACAGAAACUCGAUUCAACAUUCUUGGAUGGGAUAGAAAUGGGACAUCGUUGAUGGAUGGUUCAGGGUCACUUGAAGAACAAUUCGAAGCUUUGUGUCACAAAGCAAACGAAAUUCGAGCUCGUCGUGGUGACUUGAAGAAGAUUGAAGAACUUGGCGCAAUAUUGGAAGAAAAUUUGAUUCUUGAUAAUCGCUACACGGAACAUUCAACUGUUGGUUUGGCACAACAAUGGGAUCAAUUAGAUCAGCUGGCAAUGAGAAUGCAACAUAACUUGAAGCAACAGAUUCAAGCACGUAAUCAAUCGGGAGUGUCUGAAGAUUCUCUUAAGGAGUUCUCGAUGAUGUUCAAGCAUUUCGACAAGGACAAAAGUGGAAAAUUGAAUCAACAAGAGUUCAAGUCGUGCUUAAGAGCACUUGGCUAUGAUUUGCCGAUGGUGGAAGAAGGACAACCCGAUCCAGAAUUCGAAGAGAUUCUCAACGUUGUCGAUCCUAAUCGUGAUGGUUACGUGUCACUUCAAGAGUACAUUGCCUUCAUGAUAUCGAAAGAAACUGAGAACGUUCAGAGCUAUGAAGAAAUCGAAAAUGCUUUCCGUGCAAUCACCGCAUCUGAUCGACCAUAUGUCACGAAGGAUGAACUUUAUACUAACCUCACCAAGGAAAUGGCCGAUUACUGUGUUCAGCGCAUGAAGCCUUACACCGAUCAAAAGACGGGUCAUUCAGUCACCGGCGCACUCGACUACGUCGAUUUUACACGAAAACUUUUCGAUUAAAAACGUUUCAUAUUCGUUUUUAUUAAUUAAUAGAUUUUAAGAUUUCUGCACGCAAGCAAACAAUUUAAAUAAUCGGAAAAAAAGCUUCUUGAUGCUUUCUUAACAUUUUCUUUUUUGUUUCACUCCCGCAGCACAUCUUAAGUGCUUGCAAUGGGAAUUUUAUUCCUUAUAGCUUUUAAAAGAAAACUUGUCUUAAUUUUUAUGAUUAAAGUAAAUUUGUCACAAAAAAAAAAAAUUAGAAAGAAAAAAUUAAAUUUUCAUUUUUCCUAAAUUGCACCUCAAUCAAUGUUUGGAUAAAAAGAUACAAAAUAUAUUUCAAUUAAUAAUAAAGAGAUAUUUAAUCGCUUUUAUGCUUCAAGAA